AUAACUUGCUUCUCAUCUACGUUACAAAUAGUUUUAUGUUAAACGGGCUGCGCUGCCGCAUCCCUUGCCUCUGCCACUCUUUCGCGGAUUUCUCGGCGGCGAGAGUCAUUCCUUUGGAACAGGUGCAAACGCGAGUCACGUGACGAUGUUAUCUUGGGUACAGGAGGCAGCGAAAAUGAAUCCAUUCUCGUCACCGUUCACGCAAGCCAAGUGUCAGGCAUUAAAGGAUGAGGGAACACGACCGCUCGUUCCGAACCGCAACAUUGCUGCUGCCUCCGUCGAGGAAGGUGAUAGUUGCGAAUUUGGAUCGAACCAUUAUUUCUUGUUAUGCGGCCUCGGGGGCAUUUUGUCUUGCGGUAUCACUCAUACCGGUAUCACGCCUUUAGAUUUAGUCAAAUGCCGAAUUCAAGUGGACCCUGCAAAAUAUAAAUCAGUGUUCAAUGGAUUUCGGGUAACAUAUGCCGAAGACGGUACCCGAGGAUUAGUGAGAGGCUGGGCGCCCACUUUUUACGGCUAUUCUAUUCAGGGAAUGUUUAAGUUUGGUCUCUAUGAAGUUUUCAAAGUUCAGUACGCAGCAUUGGCCGGUGAAGAACUCUCUUAUGAAUACAGAACCACAUUGUAUUUGAUAUCGUCAGCUUCUGCAGAAUUCUUCGCGGACAUUGGAUUAGCGCCAUUUGAAGCUGCCAAGGUCAGAAUACAAACUAUGCCCGGAUAUGCUAACACUUUGCGACAAGCAUUGCCGAAGAUGUACGCGGACGAAGGUCUUACCAGUUUCUAUAAGGGUUUAGUGCCACUAUGGUUGCGUCAAAUUCCUUAUACGAUGAUGAAAUUUGCCUGUUUCGAGCGCACCGUCGAACUUCUGUAUAAAUAUAUAGUACCCAAACCUAGGGCGGAGUGCAGUAAAGGUGAACAACUGGUAGUAACUUUCGCAGCUGGAUAUAUUGCUGGUGUAUUUUGCGCCAUUGUAUCUCACCCUGCUGAUACGGUGGUGUCUAAAUUGAAUCAAGAAAAGGGAGCGACUGCGGGUGAUGUUCUGAGAAAACUCGGCUUUGGCGGCGUAUGGAAGGGCCUGGGACCGAGGAUUGUGAUGAUUGGUACCCUGACUGCAGCGCAAUGGUUCAUCUACGAUGCCGUCAAGGUCUGGCUACGCAUGCCCCGCCCGCCACCACCCGAGAUGCCAGAGUCCCUCAAGAAAAAGUACGGGAUAGCAUAAACGCCAGAAGGCAACACGUUCCGAUUGGAUCGUCAAAUUUAGAAAAGGAGACAUAAAGCAAUUUCAAUUUGAUCCUCGUGCCGUACACAUUGUUGAACAAUGUGUUCCGCUACUUAUUUUCGAAUAUUUAUUAUGAUUAUACAGCAGCAUCAACAGGCAACACUGCCGCAGAUUAUUAGAAAAAUAAUUGUGUCUUACAAAUAGGAAAUAUAUAUAGAAUGCUAAUUAUCGACUCUAUAAUUAUAAAAGGCACAUUAAAUCUAAUUUUUGCGACAGUUAUAACAAGUUACCCAAAGUAACUUAAAACUGUCACAUUGUACAUAGGGUGAUCGUUGUAAAUAAACAGGACGAUUGCUCAAUUA